AAGAAAAGCCUGACUGCUCCAAGGCCCGUUGUGAAGUACAGUUUUCUCCUCGCUGUCCAGAAGAUUCUGUUUUGAUUGAAGGGUAUGCUCCACCUGGUGAAUGCUGCCCUCUACCUAGCCGCUGCGUGUGCAACCCUGCAGGGUGUUUGAGGAAAGUUUGCCAACCAGGCUAUUUGAAUAUCUUGGUUUCUAAAGCAUCAGGCAAGCCAGGGGAAUGCUGUGACUUCUAUGAAUGUAAACCAGUGUUCAGCAUAGACUGUAGUACAGUGGAAUGCCCUCCUGUCCAACAAGUUGUUUGUCCUUUGGAUAGCUAUGAAACUCAAGUCAGGCUGACAGCUGAUGGAUGCUGUACUCUUCCUACAAGGUGCGAAUGUCUCUCUGGUUUAUGUGGUGUUCCAAAAUGCGAGGCAGGCUACAUCCCCCAAAUAGUAUCACGUGGAGACAGAACACCUGGCAAGUGCUGUGAUGUCUUUGAAUGUGUCAAUGAAGCAAAGCCAGCAUGUGUAUUUAAUAGUGUGGAGUAUUAUGAUGGAGAUAUGUUUCGAAUGGAUGCUUGCCGGUUUUGUCGAUGCCAAGGUGGUGUAUCUAUUUGUUUCUCAGCACAGUGUGGUGAGUUACAUUGUGACAGAUACUAUGUACCAGAAGGAGAAUGCUGUCCAGUAUGUGAAGACUCCCUUUCUCCUGUUAGUAACCCUGCUGGUUGCUAUGCUAAUGGUCAGAUUCAAGCACAUGGUGAUCGCUGGAGGGAAGAUGACUGCACUUUUUGUCAGUGUAUCAAUGGGGAAUCUCAUUGUGUGGCCACAGCAUGUGGACAGAGUUGCCUGAAUCCUGUAAAAGUGCCUGGGGAAUGCUGCCCAAUGUGUGAAGAGCCAACAUACAUCACAGUGGGUCCACCCACAUGUUAUCCACUAGUGAACUGCAGCUUAACUGAGAUGGAUUGCAUUUAUGAUUUCAAAGUAGACCAAAACGGUUGCCGUACCUGCCAGUGCAUAACUCGAGAGGAGUUCUGUGCUGACCUCAUGUCAGGUUGUACCUUGGAUUGUGAAUUUGGUUUCCAGACGGAUGUCCACAACUGUAAGAUCUGCCAGUGCCGCCCACGUCCUAAAAAAUGCAAAUCUAUAGUUUGUGACAAGUACUGUCCAUUUGGAUACUUGAAAAACAAGCACGGAUGUGAACUUUGUCGUUGUAAAAAGUGCCCAGAACUUUCAUGUGGUAAUAUCUGUCCAAUGGGCUUUCAAAAAGAUAAUCAAGGAUGCCUUGUCUGCAGAUGUAUAGAGUUGUCGGGCUCUAUAAUGCCACCAGCCAAAGUGGGUUCUUGCUUAUCAGUUGAUGGGCACCGUCAUGAAAAUGAGGAAAGUUGGCAUGAUGGCUGCCGUGAAUGUUACUGUCAUAACGGACGGGAGAUGUGUGCUUUGAUAACUUGCUCUGUGCCCAACUGUGGCAAUCCUACCAUACAUCCAGGACAAUGUUGUCCAUCAUGUCCAGAUGAAUCCGCUGUGGACAAACCUGACCUCAGUGGUCCAACCAUUUGUUACGUUCCAGGAGGAGAAUAUUUUGUGGAAGGAGAUACAUGGAAUAUUGAUUCUUGCACACAAUGUACAUGUCAUAAUGCACGGGUUUUGUGUGAAACUGAAGUGUGCCCACCUCUUCUUUGCCGAAAUCCAACUCGUACUCAGGACUCAUGCUGUCCACAGUGCCCAGACGAACCUGCUCAACCUUCCUUGGCAAGCAAUGAGAGCAUGCCCGGUUAUUGUAAAAAUGAUGAUGGCGAUAUUUUCCUUAGUGCUGAGUCUUGGAAACCCAAUGUUUGUACCAGUUGUAUUUGCAUGAAUGGUGGAAUCAGCUGUUACUCUGAGUCUUGCCCACCAGUAUCUUGUGACAGACCUGUUUUAAGAAAGGGACAGUGUUGUCCAUAUUGUAUAGAAGACACAGUAUCAAAGAAAGCAAUGUGUCACUUUAAUGGGAAAACAUAUGCUGAUGAAGAACGUUGGGAUAUUGACAGCUGUACUCACUGCUAUUGUCUGCAAGGUCAGACCCUUUGUUCUACAGUUAGUUGUCCUCCACUUCCAUGUGUAGAACCCAUUAUUGUGGAGGGAAGUUGCUGCCCAAUGUGCCCAGAGAUGUAUGUACCUGAGCCUACCAAUAUUCCAAUCGAGAAGACAAAUCAUAGAGGAGAUAAUGAACGGGAAGUACCAGUUCGGCCUACACUCAAUGAAAAUGAUAUUCAUAUCCAUAGAGAUAUGGGUCACCUUCAGGGGGAUUAUAGAGAAGCCAGAGGAUCACAGCUGACUACAGAGGCAUCUCUUACUUCUCUUGCAUGGGUGACAGUGCCUAUUAUGACAGCUCUUGUUCUUAUAAUAGCACUUCUACUUCUCAAUCAGAAAAAGCAAUGGAUACCAGUAUUGUGCUACAGAACACCAACCAAGCCGUCAUGUCUAAACAAUCAGCUGGUAUAUGUGGACUGCAAGAAAGGUACUAUGGUUCAAGUGGACAGUUCUCAGAGGAUGCUCAGAAUUGCUGACCCUGAUUCAAGAUACAGUGGAUUCUACAGCAUGCAAAAACAGAACAACUUACAGGCAGAUAAUUUCUAUCAGACAGUGUGAGACAUUAUAUCUUCCCAAGAAGUUAAGAAGAAACAAAGACUGAAUCUGCUAUUAAAAUGAAACUAGAAUUGUGCACUUGCUUAGUGGAUUGUAUUGGGUUUGUGACUUCAUGUACAGCUCUAACACUUACUGGAAUGGGCUCUGACUCCUGCAGUAUGCUGGAACAGGCAUUCCCUAUUCUCCUUGCAGUAACUGACCAUGUGUUUCCUUGGAACCAAAGUUCUAAAACUUAAGCGGUUGUAACAUAGUAGAUGAGAUCAUUUAGGAAGGGGAAAUUAAGUUGAGCUUGUGUGGUUGUAA